AUGACCUCUGAAGAAAAUACUGCAACGCCUCCUGAGCAAAAAGGGAAAGGCCGCCCUUCGUCGGCGGACAUGCUUUUCUACUACGACCGACUUCUUCCUUUCAAAAGCAUUUUCCAGUGGUUGAGCCAUUCGCCCAAAGCCACAAAAGACUUCACCAUGAGAGAAUUCGCCUACGAGUUUCGGCUGGGGGCGUACCAACGGUACAAUUCUUACGCGUCGGCAGAAGAGUUCAAAAAGGCUGUUGUUGCGGCAAAUCCCACGCGUUUCGAAGUGGGAGCCGUCUACUCGGUGAAUCCCAAGGAAAGAAAGAACUUGCCCAAAAGUGCCAUGCGGCCUCUUUCCAAAGAGUUGGUGUUCGACAUUGAUUUGACCGACUACGACGAGAUCAGAACGUGCUGCUCGAAAACAGACAUUUGCACCAAAUGCUGGAAAUUUAUCCAGGUGGCCACGAAAAUCAUUCUGGCCGCGUUGAAAGACGACUUUGGUUUUGACCACAUGGUGUGGGUGUUCUCGGGAAGAAGAGGUGCACAUUGCUGGAUCAGUGAUGAGAGAGCUCGCCACCUAGACGAGUCGGCCCGUAAAGCCGUUGUCGAGUAUCUCGACGUACUUGGGUCUAGAACACAGAAAAUGGGCCGCACGCAGCUCGGGUUGCGGAAACCGUACCAUCCGCACGUGGAGCGGUCGUUUGAGAUCCUCAAGCAGCACUUCCCGGCGGUGAUUUUGGACGAACAAAACCCGUGGUGCACGGACGGAAACAGUCUGGAAGAGGAAUGGAAUCUGGUGGAGGCUCUCCUUGCGUUUCUCCCCGAGCAGAGUCUCCGCAAUGCGUUGCGUACGAAAUGGAAAGAGCAGAAGAGUGUCUCGACGUCGCGAGCCAAGUGGGAAGACAUUAACGCCGUGGCGCAGAAAGUGCUCAAAAACCAGAUCCAGGUGAGCCAGCUCACGGACGCCAAAAAGGAAAUCAUCUUCUACUACAUGUAUCCGCGGUUGGAUCUCGAGGUGUCGAAGCAAAUGAUCCACUUGUUGAAGUCGCCGUUUUGCAUCCACCCUGGAACAGGAAAUGUGUGUGUUCCAUUCGACCCAGAACACAAUUUGUCAGGCAAUCCCGAUGACGACACGUACGGCUUCAAUCCAAUGACGGCGCCCAACUUGUCGCAGUUGCAGAACGAGAUCGAUACAUGGGAAGCGAAAAGAGUCGAUCGAGGUUCAAGCCAGCCACUAGACGAAUCGGAUUCUCCGGCCCGAAUUGCGGACUUUGAAAAAACAAGCUUGAAGCCGUACAUUGACUAUUUUGCUACUUUUGUUAGUGGGCUUAUCAAAGAGGAGUUGCGGUCGACCAAACGUGGUGCCGACUCGUUAGACUUUUAA